AUGCUCAAAUCAUUCGUCGCUGUCUCUGCGGGCCUCAUCGGCGGCGCCCAUGCCUUUUGGCGCAUGGAGUGUCCUGGCCGCGUUGGCGUCGCACGAAUCGAUCCCAUCGUCAACCCUGGCGAGAUUUCCAUGCACGCUCACUCGAUCCACGGAUCAUCAGCAUUCGCCGAAACUGUCACCACUGAAAGCCUUCAGAAUGGCGACUGCACCUCGUGCCGAGUCACCGAGGACAAGUCUGCCUACUGGCACCCUUCGCUCUACUUUCAGGACAGCGACACAGGAGAGUUUGAACUUGUCAAACAGGUUGGCGGCAUGCUGGCUUACUACCUUCUCUAUGGCGACAACAUCACCGCUUUCCCUGCUAACUUCAGGAUGCUGUCGGGAACGAAUGACAGACGAACGUACACAGCCGGAGAUCCAAGCCAACCUGACCCGGAGAAAUCCCUCUGGGAAUCGCUUGGCCAAACCGACCAAGACACCCUGGCCCAACGUGCGCUUGGAUUCAAUUGCCUGAACUACGCCAAAGACCCAGAGGGCACUCUUUAUCGCCAUUAUCUGCCCGACAAGGCUUAUCUCGACGCCAACUGCGCGGAUGGCAUUCGAUUCGAGAUCAUGUUCCCCUCCUGCUGGAAAGGAGGUGACGAGACGGACAGUGAUGAUCACAAGAGUCACGUCGCCUUCCCUGACUUGGUCAUGACGGGAACUUGCCCCGACGACUAUCCCGUUCGCAUUCCUAGUCUCAUGUACGAGGUCAUUUGGGACACUGCCUCUUAUACCGACCGUAACGGCCAAUUCGUCAUCGCUAACGGCGAUACAACCGGAUACGGAUACCACGCUGACUUCAUCAUGGGAUGGGAUUCCGAUUUCCUCCAGACUGCCGUCGACACUUGCACCAAUGCGUCAGGAAGGAUUGAGGACUGCCCUGUCUUUAACGUUGUUGAUGAAAGCGAGGCCGAGACGUGCGAAAUGACCUUGCCCGACGCAUUGGCCAAGGAAGAUGUUGAAGGACCCAUGAGUGAGCUGCCUGGCGGUGUCCAAAUCACGUAUGAAGAUGGAGCUGGUGAGAGUGCAAGUGCGAGUGUGACGGCGCCGACAUCAACUGGCUCUAUCCCGACCUUGACUUAUGCUCCAGGCGAAACACCAAGCAAUUCUGCAUCGCCUCUUCCUGGUCAGGCUUUCAAGGAGGUUUCCAUGGCUGCCGCUGCCGCUGCCGUCACCACCACCACCACCAUCAUCACUUCUUCUGCUCUGCCUUCCUCCUCAUCUUACGAUGCUGUUGUUGGCGUUGAGGCAAUUCCCACCACGGCAAUUCCCACCACAGCAGCGCCUGUCGCAACUACUAGCGAGACUGCUAGCUUCUACAGCACGCAAUUUGUCACCAAUGGAAACGUCGUCAGCAAGAUUCUCUGGGAAGAGGAGGUCGUCUACGUGACGGAGCUGGAGGAGGAGACAGUCGUUGUCACCGUUACUUCGACGGCUGUAGUCGGAGCUCCUACUGCUGCUGCUAGAAGACGGCGUUGGGGUGCUCACAUGCACGGUCAUGGGCACCGCCAUCGUUAA